AUGUUAGUUUGGGUGUGUUCUGGUUCUGGUAAACAUGGUUUAUAUACGAAUUAUUAUCGACAUCGUCUUCAUUGUCAGUAUUGCAGACCAGCACUCAAAGAAAAGAGAGAGAUCCAAUAUCGUACUUUAGAUGAUAAUUUAUCACAACCGUUAACUGAAUUACGACAAAAGUUACCAGCAACAUUACGCGUCUAUCGUGGAGCUGUCUUGCCUAGAGAAAGUUUUAAUAAACUGAAACAUAUUGUUCGACAGCGAACUUUCGUAUCAACAUUUGGAUACUUAUCGACUUCAAAAAAUCUUGAAGUUGCUAAAUUAUUUGCUAGUAAUGAAGCGACUGCUGAUGUUAGUCAAAAUAGUGAAUUUCCUGAAGAAGAAGAAGUUUUGUUCGAUAUAGAUUCUACAUUUGAAAUUUUAAACAUGAAUGUUGAUGAAGAAAACCGAUUAUACACAAUUUGUAUGCGAACAUCAACAUAUGGUAGUGAAUUAGCAAGUGAAUAUCUACGCUAUAAUGAAAAAGUAUUAGAUCAACUGACAUGA